UUGGAUGUAUUUGUUGAGGAGGAGUUAAUUGAUGAUGCACUUGGUACCGCAACCCAGCAAGCAGUGUCUGGAGAUUUGCGUGUCAGAAUUGGAAGGCUUGAGGUUGUUGCUGAGCACAUAAAAAAAAAGUUUGAUACUUUAGCAUCACACUGCACAACAUCUAUGUCUAUGAUUGAGAAAAGACUUGGUGAGAUUGGACAUAUGUCCCAAUUUGUUGAUAAAUCGGUGAAAGCGAAGGAGGUGCCACAUGACAUGGGGGGAAAUAACGAGGAAGAUGAAAUUGAUCUCACGAAUGUUGAAUUGGAUGAUCCACAAGCCACAGAGGGACACCACCCAGAUGAAAUGGCAGAUGUGGUGUUCCCACGAUUAACCCAUAUCAAUGCUGAUGUGGAGCGCGCCAUCUACAAUUACAUAUAUGACAAAAACUUGUCAUUUGAGUAUGUGUUGGUGUACCCUAUAUUUGACGCUAUAACUUAUGCUUAA